AUGGAGGCGCGAGCUCACCCGUCGCCCCCGCCGGCGUCUUCUUCGGCGCCAUUCGCUGCGGUGGAUUCUGGCAUCGAUGCGGGCUCGUCGUCCGAGUUCGACCAGGAGAACAGCGGGAACCAUGCGCUUGAGGCCCACGACGACACGAGCGAGGCGUCGACGGAUGAAGGCUACGCAGAUUCCGACGCAUCGUCGUUCCUCUCGUCGAUCCUAUCCGAAGUGCGUCGCGGCGUGGAGAUUGAAGGGCGCCUCUACCCCAGCUACGGCAAGCAUGAAUAUGGCAUGCCCAUAGAUGAAAAAGAGCUUGACCGCAACGACCUGCAGCACCACAAGUACACACUGCUCCUCCGCGACCGCCUCUUCGUCGCGCCCAUUGCCGAGUCGAGAUUCGACCAUGGCAACUCGCGCGUGCUCGACCUGGGCACAGGCACGGGCAUCUGGGCCAUAGACAUGGCGGACAAGUACCCCAAGACGGAGGUUCUAGGCGUAGAUAUUGCAGCGACGCAGCCGGCCUUUGUGCCGCCCAACUGCGUGUUUGAAAUCGACGACGUGGAAGACGAGUGGCCCUAUCGCCCUGCGCACUUUGACUUUAUCCACGGCCGCGACCUCAUGACUGCGAUUCGCGACUGGCCGCGGCUGAUGGCGCAGGCCUACACACACCUGAAGCCGGGCGGGUGGAUCCAGCUUGCCAGCACGAUACCCGGAGCGCUCUCGGACGACGACAGCAUUCCCGAGAACAGCGGCUAUCUGGAAUCGGCACGCCUCUACUUUGAGAUUGCCGAGAAGAUGGGGGCGCCGCUCGAUGCACCGCGCAGCUGGAGCGCGCAGAUGAAGGAAGCAGGCUUCACCAAUGUCGAGGACGAAAUCUACAAAUUGCCCAUGGGCACGUGGCCACGGUCCAAGAGGCUGCGCACGGUGGGUAAGCUGGAGCAGAUUAUGAUUCUAGACGGUGGCUUUGAAGCGUACAUGCUGCGGGGGUAUACACAGGUUCUGGGCGGCAAGGCAGAGGAUUUGCAGAUUAUCCUUGCAUUGGCAAAGAGGGAGGUAAGGGAUCCGGCGAUUCACACAUAUGUGCAGUUCCACAUUACGUAUGGGCAGAAGCCUGAGUGA